ACUAUUGCAAUACAAAGAUUAGCUACUCGCUGCAUUGUUUGGCAGAUGUGGGCAGCUCGCUCCCGUCUCUCUGUGCCGUUUAAAGGGCGGCGGCGAUGAGGAGGAGCAGCAUGUCGGUGUGAAGACGUUUCUUUCACCGUAGAGGAGUUCAUUCCGGUGUCUCAUCAGCCACCUACUAGCCUACUUCUCAUCGUUGCCGCCGUUGUCCAGGUAGCCAUGGCGACCAGCGCUGUGCCAAGUGACAACCUGCCAACAUACAAGCUGGUGGUGGUGGGGGAUGGUGGCGUGGGGAAAAGCGCUCUAACCAUCCAGUUUUUCCAGAAAAUCUUCGUGCCAGACUACGACCCCACCAUCGAGGACUCGUACCUCAAACACACCGAAAUCGACGGACAGUGGGCGAUACUGGAUGUGCUGGACACAGCUGGUCAGGAGGAGUUCAGCGCAAUGAGGGAGCAGUACAUGAGGACGGGAGACGGCUUCCUUAUUGUGUUCUCCGUCACUGACAAGGCCAGCUUCGAGCACGUCGACCGCUUCCAUCAGCUCAUUCUACGGGUCAAAGACAGAGAAGCGUUCCCCAUGGUGCUGGUUGCUAAUAAAGUGGACUUGGUUCAUCUGAGGAAGGUGACGAUUGACCAGGGCCAGGAGAUGGCAGCAAAACAUAAUAUAACUUACAUUGAAACCAGUGCCAAGGAUCCCCCGAUGAACGUGGACAAAGCCUUUCACGAGCUGGUUAGAGUCAUCAGACAACAAGUUCCAGAACGAAACCAGAAGAAGAAAAAGAAGAUGAAAUGGCGAGCUGAACGUUCCACGGCUUCCCACAGGUUUCACUGCGCCAUAUUGUGAUUCUGUUUGUCCUGGUUAUUUACUACACAAACACAAACCGACACGCACAAGAACACACUUCUGGACAUCAGGGACCCCCCCAGCAGAGUUUAACUACUGGAACAUUAAAGAGGAAGGGACUGGGGAGAUGGAUCGGGUCUGGGACGGAUGUCCUCCUCCUCAGACCUUCACCUUGGACUGAGUCGUACCCAAAUGUGUUCAACCCUGAACAGCUCCAGACUGACCAUCAAGUCUAAUUAGUGAAUUUAUUAAGUGUGGCUCAAAAUGGCAACGGUUUGGUGAAAAACUCUUGAGAAACGAGAUGGAAAAAGGGAAGUAAUAUUAAAAACUUUUUAUGUAUUUUCUACCAUCUCACUAGAGCUGCAGUCGGCUCUGGAUCAGCUUCUCUGAGGGUUUACGGAGGGUUUAUAAAGGCGGUGAUGGCUACUUUGGUGGUGUUGGUGGACGUGACGAAGAAUGACUGGAACAUGCUCCACAUGACCAUGUCCUGGUUGGCUCUGGAGAGAGCUGGAGCUGAUCUGUUGAGGAUUGUGGUGGAACGGUGAUUAUUGUGGGUUUGGUUUCCCCAUUAGUGAUUGUUGGUGGUGUGAUAAAUGUGGUUGAAUCUAUACAAGCAUCAGUUAUAAAAAAAUAUAUUUAACUGUAAAUUUCCAUAUAUUUUGUAUCUUUUGUGCAAAAUUACAAAUUUUUGUGAUAUAUCUAUAUACAUAAAAUAUCUUAUGACUGAUUCACUGCUGUUAAACAGGAUUUUGUUGAGGGAAUAAAGGCUGAGACGCGCCGGAGAAGCUGAUUUUUGCACUGGCCACAAACCAAAAUUAUGUGAUGUCACUUUAUUUCAACCUUAUCUGCUUUUUCAUCAUGGACUUCAGGACUCCGUUAGGAGGUGAAUAACUCCACCUGGCGGAACGGCGCUCCCCGGGUUCCAACAUCCUAGAGCUUUCCAGUCCAAGCAUCACAUUUAGUCGAGGUUUAGGUGGAACGUUUAGUGUAAUGCCUUCAAAAUGGCUCGUACUGUUAUCAGGUCCAAGCGCUGGUGGGCAGUUCUUCCUGUCUGGAAACACGCCAACACCUCAUGAAGGAAUAUGAAUAUAUAUAUAAAUAUAUAUUGCACUUUUAAUACAAUUUGAAUUUUUCCUGUAGGCAUGUUAUCUCUUAAAUCUGAGCUAGCGGAAAGGCAUGAGGAAAGGGAAUGUGUAAAAAUCAGACUCUGAGCAAACAGCUGAUUGGAGUUGUAGCCUCGUGGGCCUGCAGACGCCUGUUGCCUUGGCGAUUGUAACACCGAUUACCUGAGAUGUAGUCAUCAAAAGCAUAUAGAAAGAACACCUUUAGUGUUUUUGUGUUUAUUUGAUGAAUGAAGUUGAUCUUCACCUGGAAGUUGAAGCAAAGCAGAAACGAACAAAAAAAAAAUAGCUGAUUUCCAGGAGGAGUCCAGUCAUUCCUGCUUGGCGAGCAGACAGCCUGGAUGGUUGGAGGAAAAGUAAAGACAAAAAAAAACCCUGAAUGUGUCGACGGAAACAUUUGUAUGGAGUGUAUUUGAUACCAGUUUUGUAUUCUUGAUAUGAUUGCAAAGUGUUUUAAAGCAACUGAAUAAUUUAUUGAUGUGUGUUACCUCAUCGUGUUCCUGACCUGGGUGACACAAAAAACACAAAAAAAACAACUUUUUUUAGUUCACAGGUGGACUCUUCCUAUUUGUAUGUAUUCAGUACUGUAUGUUUUGGACCAAGAGGUUGAGAAAUAAUUUGGUCCUGAAUCUUUUCAAAAGCACAAAAGGUCAAGGGUCAAAGAAAAAUCUUGCUUCUGGACAGCAUCAGAACCAGAAGUCAUUUCCUUUUUUUUUUUUUUAUUUUUUUUUUUGAACAGCGCUUAUGAGACUUUGUUUUCUUUGCAGACCAAACUUUAACUCGUGUAAUUAGCGUCAUUGUGUGAGGGGUCAUGUAAAGUUUGAAUGGGGAGACAGAUUUGUGUGUGUGUACCAUGUGUGUGUUUUUGACUUGUUCUGACCGGUGGUGUCAGGCUGAAGAGCUAGACGAGCCUUUCCAUCUAGCCUCAGGGGUUAAAUAUAUUUCAAUAAAACAAAUAAAGUAGUUGUGACUUGA